AUGGCUCCAGGGAGCCCAUCCGCACAAAAUGAUGACUUUGACGAUGACCUGGACGAUAUACUCAAGGAUGUUAUAGAACCUGGCAAUAUAGUUGAAUCCACCGAACCCCCCACCCAGCCAGAGCCAUGGAAGAAGAAUAAGAGCCAGGGUGCCGAUACCGCCUUGGGCGUCGACGAGGACAUUGUCAUAACCAAGAAGCGUCAGCCUGCACCAAAACUUGACGACCAGCGACUCCUAUCGGACCCUGGGAUUCCCCGUCUGCGCAGAAUUGCAAAAGAACGCCUACGUUUCAAGGGCAAGGGACAUGAGUAUGGCGAUAUUGCACGCAUGCUAAACAUGUACCAACUUUGGCUCGACGACUUGUACCCCCGCGCCAAGUUUGCAGAUGCCCUCGCCAUUAUCGAGAAAGUUGGACAUACAAAACGCAUGCAGAUUAUGCGGAAAGACUGGAUCGACGAAGGAAAGCCAAGGCGUGCUGCAGAUCGAGACAGCGAUGAAGACGAUAGGGCUGCAGAAGAGACGGCUGUUCAACGAACCACAGAGGGUAUGGAUGGCGUGCAAAUCAGCACUGGCAAUGGUGUCGAACAACAAGGAGGCGUACAAGCGCCAGCAUUAGAUACGACAGAACACACGGCAGGUGAAGGACCUGACGAGGACGAACUGGACGCUUUGCUAGCGCAAAGUGAAGAGCCUACUACUACACUCACAAAGACGCUCCCUACACGGCCCAUGCCCACUCAGGAAGAUCCUUUUGCAGACGAGAUGGAAGCCAUGGCGGACAUGGAUGACAUGUGGGAUUGA